GAACCAGGAAGCUACUAAGUAGCCGUUCAUACGACGAGCGCGAAUAUGGCGAUAAUAGAACGAUUUCCUUUUUGCUUCCUCCAAGCACAGUCAGCGGUCUAGAGGAUCGUCACCAGAAGAGAGCCACAACACUCGCGGCAAGCGUCGCCCUGUGGCACCCCCCGCUCGUUGUAAUUCCACCAAUCCGGCGGCAGCUCUCGACGACAGCGACAACUAGCGGCCAUAAGCUGCAAGAGCUUCGCUUCAUCUUCUCUCGCAUCGAUCCUCAGCACGACUUUACCGCCCAGUGCGGUUUCCUCUCCUCACCAAUCCGUCACAAUGGCCGACGCAGCAGCUACCAUACCCACCCCCGAGCCCGAUGCGCCCGAUGCGCCAGCCGCGGCCCCCGUCGCCGACCUGCCCUCGGGCGAGCCCAUCCCGUCCUCGACACCGCCCUCCAAGACUCCGAAGCGCCGGUCGAUCCCGCUCGGCGCCCUGCUGGCCGCCCUGCCCUCCAAUGUCGACGCCUUCCUCACCCGACUCGACAAGUGCCUGUCCACGCCGUCCGGCAUCGACACGGUGAUGCUCCUGCUCUGCUACACGUCCAAGACCGGCGCCUCCGUCCUGUCCUCCCUCUCCCAGUCGGCCCUGCGGCGCUCGGCGCGCGAGUGGAUCGCCCUGGUGGCCUCCCUCCCGCGCGGCACCACCGUCGUCUUCUCCUCGCCCGCCGCCGCGGGCAACACCAAGGCCACCGUGCCCCCCGUCGCCGCCCUGGCCCUGCUCCUCUCGAAACGCCUCUCCGCCCUCUCCUCCCUCCUCAGCGAGGCCCGCAUGAUCCUGCGCCUCUGGGCGCUGCUGGGCAUGUACUUCUGGGCCCGCGGCCUCGUCCGCCGAACCUUGUCCAAGUCAACAACAACAACACCCGAGAAGCAGGACGGGUCGGCCCCGUCCAGGCUCGAGACGGCCAUCGAGUACCUGCGCCUCGCCCUGUGCGUGGCCUUCCAGGCGCUCGAGAACGGCGCGUACCUGUCGUCGCGCGGCGUGAUGGGCUGGUCGCCGGCGCGGCAGGGCGAGGCGUACCGGUGGAGCGCGCGCCUGUGGGGCGCCUACGUCGGCAUCGAGAUCGGGCGGCUCGCGGCCGAGCGGUUCGGGCCCGCCGGCGCCGACGGGACCGCCUUCGCCGCCCGCCCCCCGCACGAGAAGAGCGAGUGGGCCAAGAAGAUGGCCCGCCAGCUCGCCUGGGCCCCCCUGACGGUCCACUGGGGCAGCGAGAAGGGCCUGGUGAGCGAGAUGACGGUGGGGCUGCUGGCGAGCAUCCCGGGCGUGAUCCAGAUGCGGGACCUGUGGGCUUCGACGGCCUGAGUUUUGGGUUGUCUUGUUCGUUAUGAUGGUGAUGGUGCUGGUGCUGGUACCGGUGCUAGUAUCGCCUCGAAGAACUAGCGGUAUUCAGGCUGGGAGAGUUCUCAUGCGAUGGUCCAAGUUUCCAACGGCAUCGGGCAACAUGUCAAGCUAUCUAAUUACAGCAUGAUUUUUUCGCAAUGUCUGGCCUCCGUUACUUGUAAAUGGUUAAUUUUUCUGUGUGCUUCCUGGUCUGAUGUGUUUGAACUCUCUCAUGGCUAUUCUAUCCCACCUGCUCUGUCACACGGUUCGAGAGUCCCUUCUUCCCUCCCCCCUCUGCACUUGCGAGUGCUCCCAUCCAACGAUGGCUACCCAGGUAUUCACUAAAUGACCCACGAGCUCGUGAACCCAAGCUAGCUAACUAAGGUAGUCUACCAGCUAAGGAGGCCCCCGAUAGUG